UCGCGCCCCUGUACUUCACCGGUGAACUUUCAGCAGCGAACUAUCUUGACUCUUGAAUCCACAGUCUUUGACAGAAACCGUGGGAGCGCUCUAAUUGGCGGCCGUAAAAGAGAAAGGAAGUAUUUAGUUCUCAGCGAGGUUUCAUUGGAAGAGAAACUCGGAGAUAAUUUAGUGCAGUUUUUAUUCUCAAGUCGGUGUCUUUUUAACCCCAAUAGAAAAAUCACAAAUCUUUGACAAUGGCGUUUAACAAAGGUCCUGCCUACGGUUUAUCUGCGGAAGUCAAGAACAAGAUCGCACAGAAGUAUGACACUCAGAAAGAAGAGGAGCUGAGGAUCUGGAUCGAAGACAUCACCGGCUCUACCAUCGGCCCCGACUUCCAGAAAGGCCUGAAGAAUGGAGUCAUUCUGUGCGAACUUAUCAACAGACUUCAGCCAGGCUCAGUGAAAAAGAUCAACCAGUCAGCACUGAACUGGCAUCAGCUGGAGAACCUGACGAACUUCAUCAAAGCCAUCACAACGUACGGCCUGAAGCCUCACGAUAUCUUUGAAGCCAACGACCUGUUUGAGAGCGGAAACAUGACGCAGGUCCAGACGACGCUGCUCGCACUGGCCAGCAUGGCCAAGACCAAGGGCUGCCAGUCACGGGUUGACAUCGGGGUGAAGUACGCCGACAAGCAGGAGAGGAUGUUUGAUGAGGAGAAGAUGAAGGCUGGACAGUGCGUCAUCGGCCUGCAGAUGGGGACCAACAAGUGUGCCAGUCAGGCAGGUAUGAAUGCAUAUGGCACCAGGAGGCACUUAUAUGACCCCAAAGCACUAAUCCAGCCCCCCAUGGACAACACAACCAUCAGUCUGCAAAUGGGAACCAACAAGGGGGCGAGCCAGGCCGGGAUGACGGCUCCAGGAACAAGGCGUGCCAUUUACGACCAGAAGCUGGGCACAGACAAGUGUGACAACAGCACCAUGUCCCUACAGAUGGGCUACUCCCAGGGAGCUAACCAGAGUGGCCAGAACUUUGGCCUGGGGCGGCAGAUCUACGAUGCCAAGUACUGUCCCAAAGCCGGAGAGGUCGCAGAUGAUCAAAAUGGGGCAGGGGGCGUCCGCGACUACAUCCCAGACUACCAAGACGAGGGUUACCAAGGUUACCAGGAAGAAGAGCAGGUGUACCAAGAAGACGGAACAGAUUACUAGGAGGGAGGAGAGAAAGAGAGGGCGCUGAGGAAGGGAAAGCGAGAUUGUGUGAAGGGGGCAUGUUCUGAAAGAAGACCUCAAGGCAGGCGGUUUAUUUUUAUAUUCACAGGAUGUUGCACCUUUUUUGGGUCACAUCCUUUUUAGUAUUGUAUGUCUUCUUAGCCCAACUUGUGCAAGACCAAUGUUACACAUAUCAUGAUGAACUGUAUUUCUGUGAUUUUUUUUUUUUUUUUUUUGUAAUAUUUAAAGUGAUCACAAAAGCCUUUUUGGCUUAACUAGUUUUCUAUCCCAGGGAUUUUGUUUAACGUGCCAAAGCCCCACUAGCCCCACUGUUUUUUUUUGGUAGUUUUUGCUGACUCAGUAGUUACAUUAAGGGAGAUCCCUAGGUUUUUUGUAAGGGCAAUAUGAAACUAAAAGUGAAACAUUAGGGAGUUUUUUCUUUUUUUUUGUUUGUGGGAAGUGCAUUUUAUCUCAAUCAAAAUCACCCAUGCUUGUGCUUAUCUAUAAAAGCUGUAUUGUUUGUGUAAACCACAUCAAUUUAUUUCUGUAAUUCCUGUGAAUGAGAAUGUACAUUUGUUUGUGCUUAUUACAUCUUCAGUAUCCUCUUCAUCCCUUCAGUAUUUGUCAUUGACACAUGCAGCAGUAAUUAGGUUUGGUUGUUCAGACAGAUGAGGGAACAAAAUCUUUUUGUUGUUUGUUUUGUUUUUUUAAGAACAGACCAGUCUUACCAUCUUUAUACUCUGUCUUCUCACUCACUCAUUUCAGUUUUUUCUUUCUUUAAUGGGGGAAAUAUUUCCUUUGUUUGCAUAACCAGUCCAACUGGAGUUAAGCUUGUUUUCUUUGGAUUAAAGACAGCGGAGUGGGGGAGUGGAUAAAAUAAUACUCAAGUGAAGUUUUGAACAUUCCAAGCAAGAAUACUGGAUCUUUUUUUUUUUUUUUUUGUCAGUGAGUAAUGUUAAAGUGAAUCAUUCUUAAAUAUUGGUUGAUAUGCAAACCAAUCAUAUGAUUAUAUUUGAUCAUUAAGAUUAUUAUUUAUGCUUAUUUGUGAUUUUGAAUGGGGCCUAUUUUGUACCUUGACUCUGAAUAACAUUUUGUAUUGGACUAUAAUUUUUCCUCUGGAAUAAUGUUUAUGCCAAUGGAAAAAAAAAAAGUUUGAAUUAAGAAGUAUGUUUUUGUGAAUACAGUGUAAUAAAGAAGUGUAUUCAUUA